AUGCGGUCGAAGCACAUGGAGCUGUUUGCCAAGAUGCACCUGGGCAUGGACCACGUCCUGGCGAAGCUCUUACUGGAGGCGCCGCGUCUUCCCGACUCGCUGAAGCUCGAGACGGAGACGCAGUCGCUCAGCAUUACGUGGGUCCAAGUCACAGAGGUGUUUGAGAAGCGCCGAGCGAUGCUCGAGCGACGGAAAGAGAAGGAAAAGAGGAAGAAAGAGAAGAUAGAGCGAGAGGAGAAAGCUAGCGGAGGCAAAGAGGUAGUAGAGAAGUUCGAAACGAAGGAACGACGAGAUGCAAUGAAAGCGGUUGCGAUCGCGACGCCAAUGAAAAAGAGCAAAAAUAGUCCUUCAGGUGCUUCCCCACGUUCGGGGAAGAGCGCUCUCGUGAGUGUAGAGACGGAAAAGAAGAGCAGCAAAACGAAGCAAAAGAAAAAGAAGAAGAAGGAAAGGGAGAAAAAAGAGAAGAAGGAGGAGGAGGAGGAGGAGGAGGAGAAGAAGAGAAAGGAAGAGCCAUUGACGACUAUGGCGUCGCCUCGUGGUGAGGGCGUGAAGGCUGCUGGUGCCAACGAGAAAAAAGCAGACGAGAGGAGUGUGCGCGAUCAGUUGAUGCUGAAGAAGAUUCGAAAGCUACCGAUGUGUCAGGACGUGGCGUUCGGUAGCAAUAAGUACAAGGCGAUCGCCAAGUGGAUUGAGCUCGAUAAGGGCGACAAUGCAAGUAUACCGGCGGAAGUAGCCAAAAUUUUGGAUGAAAUGCAGUCGGAUGCUGCGACAGAGACAAAGAGCAAGCAGAAAUGGAGUCGCAAACGCUCAUUUGAGUCGCGCGAUGGUGUCGUGCCGGCUGAGAAACGAAGCACUCGGCAAUCAUCGGCUGAGGAUCGAAAACGGGAUGAAAAACAGCACACGUCGCACGUGGAUGAGGGCAAGAUGGUUCGCCAGUCAGGUAAAGACGAGGCAGCAGUGAAAGCUCACGAAGAGCCUCCUGCUUUGGAAAAGGCUGAGUUUGCACCAGAUUUGAGUAAUGGUCCCCGUUUUUCACCGUCGUCAAACGAAACGAGCCAAGGUCGGAUGCCGAAAAAGCAAAAGCAGACGAAAGAGGCACCGGUUGGGGAUGGGGAAGAAAAGAAACCUAUUUGUCAGGCGGCGUCAACAAAGCAGCAGCCUGCUGCAGGUGCUGUGCAGGCCCGAGCGAAUAAAGGGGUCUGUGAGGCAGAAGCCAAGUAUUUGUUUUAUGAGAAUAUGGAAAAGCCCAGCAAGCCUGGAGCUUCUGCAGAUUCUGCGAUUAUUUUGGAUGAUAGUGAGGAAGAGGACGAUGAAGACGAUGAGGGGGAGGAAGAUAGUGAUGACGCAGGAGAGGAAGAGUUGAAAGAGGUGCAGGAGCACGAUUCUUCUACUGACGAUGACCCGGACCUCUUUGAUUUGAAUGAAGAGGACGUGUACGUCGUAGAAGCCAUUUUAUGCGUAAAAGAGGGACGUGCGUUGCUGUCAGUAGGUGGAGUGCGGCGCCCGAAAGAAUCAGAUUUGUACCUUGUCAAGUGGGAAGGCUACGACGAACUGACGUGGGAGCCGGAGGAAAAUAUUCCACAGCGGCUCAUCGAAAUGUUUCGUGAGCGUGAACGCGCUAAACGGGCGUGUCAGUAUCAGAUUAAGGUCGCUCACGAACGCAGGGAAGUGACCAACGUGACCACUCAAACGAAAGACGUUAUUUACAUGAUUCAGUGGAUCAACCAAGAUGUGGCGCUGUGGGAGGCGCGCGCCACGCUUCCCAUUAAGACGCAGGUGUGGUUGGACAAAGUUCUCGGCAGUGCUUCUGCGAAGAAAAGGUAA